AUGCCUUCCGCACCGGCCAAGGAAGAUGCGCACCCGGCCGUGAAGGGGCCGAGUGCCCUGCGAUCUAUCCUCGCUGGCGCAACCGCUGGCGCCGUGGAAAUUGCAAUCACAUACCCGGCCGAAUUCGCCAAGACACGGACACAGCUCAACCGCAGGUUAGCCGCAGGCCAGAAACUGCCAUGGCCGCCAUUCGGGAAGCAAUGGUAUGCGGGGUGCACGACCCUGAUCAUUGGCAAUUCGGCCAAGGCAGGCAUUCGGUUCGUCGCCUUUGACCAGUACAAAAAACUGCUCGUCGACGCCGACGGCAAGAUGUCGGGCCCGCGGACGGUGCUCGCCGGUUUCGGCGCCGGCGUGACCGAGUCCCUUCUCGCCGUCACCCCGACGGAGAGUAUUAAGACCACUCUCAUCGACGACCGCAAAUCCGCCAACCCGCGCAUGCGCGGCUUCCUGCACGCGGUGCCCAUCAUCGCGCGCGAGCGCGGCAUCCGCGGCUUCUUCCAGGGGUUCGUGCCGACCACCGCGCGGCAGGCCGCCAACAGCGCGACGCGCUUCGGGUCCUACACGGCGCUCAAGCAGCUGGCGGAGGGGUACACGGCGCCCGGGGAGAAACUGGGCGCCGCGGCGACCUUCGCAAUGGGCGGCGUGGCUGGGCUGAUUACGGUUUAUGUGACGCAGCCGCUGGAUACGAUCAAGACGCGCAUGCAGAGCAUUGAGGCGAGGGCGCUGUAUGGGAAUUCGUUUCGCUGUGCGGCGUUGAUCUUUAAGCAGGAGGGGGUGUUGACGUUUUGGAGUGGGGCGUUGCCGAGGCUGGCGAGGUUGAUUAUGAGUGGGGGGAUUGUGUUUACGAUGUAUGAGAAGAGUAUGGAAAUGUUUGAUCGGUUGGAUCCGGAGAGGAGGUAUAUUUGA